AUGUUUCAACCUAUAGACAACUUUGAAGAAAAUAAUGAAGAGCAAGAGCCAAAUUUUGAACAAGACGAAACACAUAAACCUCUCCUACUUAUCCGUUCCUCUCUAAAUGCAGAACCAAAUAUUUCUUAUGCUUCAGAGCUCGAAAUCGAUGGGGAAAACGAAGGGGUGAAACUUCCUUCAGAGUUUCUUGAUAAAGAACAAAAAGAAAUAUAUCUUGAGAACAAGCGUCUAGAUGGCCUAAAUAAAUUAACAAGUGAGCAUCAAGACUUCCAAUUAGACAUCCUAAAUAAAGAGCAAAAAUCCAGAAACAAAUUAAAGGCCCAAUAUAACAAGCAAAUCGGAAAAAUCAAAUAUUUAGAAGACCAUUCCGCCCACAAGCAUCAGCAACGACAGGUGCUUGUGUCUAAAGCUUUCAGGAAGCAAGAAAUGAAACUGAAAUAUGCAACUAAACUUGUCGAUAUAUUACUUAUACAAAUACAAUUAAAUAUGGAAUGUAUGAGUUAGGGGUUCUGUCCCCUAUACUUGUCCUAGUGAGGGAAGUUCAUUCUUUCUGAAGGAAAUUAGCGUUGGGACUGCUCCGGCAGCCCCAAGUGUACUUGAAUCACAUUCAAGAAACGAAGAGAGACUCGUCCGGGCCAUAGGCAACUGUAACGGUUCGACGGUUAGGCCGAUUCCACCUACCGUUGUUCAGAGCUGUUAGCUAGUGGAUGGAAUUCAUGGAGGAAGAGCUUGUAUUGUUAGAUCCUAAGCUAAGUGGGGGUCGACAAAGAGUUAUCGUAAUCUUAAAUCUUAAACUUAUACAAAAGUUCACUGCAAUUUCCGAAGGACUACCUCUACCAGUAGCGCCCUUUGGCAUAUUGUCAGUUCGCACACAACCUUACAAAGGACGAUCCUGCCUGACAAGGGCCUGCAAUUGCCUACAGGUAGUUUGAUGAGUUGUGUCUCCGUGCCGGUGCCAACAAGGUUGACCGCCAUUGAAAUUCAAAAUGGUAUAAUUUCUCGUCAACUCAGGCUAAAAAUGGAAAUCUGAAUAAAAGGCGUAAAUUCUUGUUUUAGGCUGGAAAACGUCCCGAUUAAUCAGAAAAUAACUGUUGAGACUGCUAGAAAUCCCUUUCCAGCUCUCAGCUUCAUUACCUCUGUGACAAAAAUUUUAUUUGGAGUAUGUAUGCAGUCGGCUAACCCUGCAUUAACUUCACUAAAUUAAGUAAAGGCUAGCCUAUAGGCAUUACUAAAUCCCAUCCUCUCUUGCUCGAAGUCCCUGCACCCACUGUGGGGCGUUAGCUCAGGAGUUAGAGGGUGGGUUGGCAUUUCAAUAUAUGAAACUGAAAUAUGCAAUUAAGAAGAAAAAAGGCGACCUUAGGGUGACUAUUGAUGACUCUGUGGAAGGCCUAAUGUACGGAGGCGGCCAAAGACUUUACCAAGUUUCUUGGAAAGGCCGCCCACAGCCUGUAGAAGUAAGGAUUGAUGAGUGCCGAGAUAUCAAAGAUAAAUUGAUAAGGGGUGAUUAUUGGCUGAAAGUUGUGAUAAAAGAUAGAAUUGGAGGAGCUAUUUUGAGCUUCAAUAAGUGCAUUCAGGAAUGGAGAAAUAUGACUGAUCCUCUUUUCCAUGAUGGGAAACAUGCUUCUAAGUCCAUGAAAUUCCUGACUACUUUACUUGUGUUGGCGCCUUCAGAGAUUGCGAUAACACCUACUAUGGUUUAUUGCUUUCAACUGUUGGAUUCUUUGGGAGCUGUGGUAGGAGAAGGGUAUUUUCCUCUAAUAAAUAACUGUUUUGAGCUUGUUGAAGGAAAAUUCAAAGUCCCCAUAUUAAGAAAUUCUAUUAGGUCUUCUAUUGACAAAUUUUCAGAUCUUGAAGCCUUAUACCGCCGCAACAUAGAUGAAUGGCUUUGCAAUUUAUAUUUCCAGACACACAAACAAAUCCCUUUACUUAAAGGCGAAAAGCAAGUCAUCGUUCACCUAAUGACCACCCAAGAUCUCCAAGAAGAAUACGAAUACGACGGGGCAAUUCUAAAAGAAUACGAAGAAUUAUUAACGCCAGAACAAUUUGAAGAGCACAAAUUUUCUGUAGUAAAAACCGGAUUUUUGACAACUCCAAGGAAUAAGCUUUCUUAUUUGAUGGCAGAAAUUAUGAUAGAGCUUGGGUUUAAAACUUUUAAACAUUUACAAAUUUAUGUUACCUUUUUGCUUUUGAUAGCUUGUAUAUGAUCUAGUCGAUAUAUACACUAUGGAGGAGAAUGGCUCUAUUUAAAAGCAAUUAGAUAUCCAGUCACUGUAUUUAAAGCCUUAGCGUUCACCUUAGACAUGGAAUAUCCAAAUCAGCUUACACUGUCUCAAGAAAUUGGAGCAAUUUUGACUGGCCAAGCCUUCUGCAUUCUUUGGUUUAUAUUUUUUUCACUAGUUGCUUUUGGAACUUUACUAGUGGUUGGUAGAUUUCCAGCUAUAGGAUUUAGAAUAAUCCAAUGCUGGGGAAUAAUUACUGUAAUUGAUCCCAUAAUCACCCUCAUAGAGUGCAUAAUUCGUGGGUUUGUCUAUGAUUUUUGGGAUGGCGAUUCCUUCAGACUUUACAAUUACUUUGAAACUUGGGAAGGAAACGGCGUUAUCGGUAUUAUGAUGACCCUGUUCUUAUAUGCUGGGAUGAUGGGGAUUGCCAGUUUUUGUUUUUAUAAUUACUUCUUAUACGUCCAUAUGAAUGGGCGCUUACUAGACAUUUACAUGAGAAUUAAUGGGCCAGAAGAAAGUUUUUUUAUUCCACAUGAUGGAGAAAUCAGUAAAAGGUACCUGGACUGGAUCUGCUAUAAAGCUAGGAACUAUAGAAGCAUCAAUGGGGAUUCGAGGAAGAUCGCAAUAAGCACAUUUGACUUUACAGACUCAUAUGAUAGCAAAUAUAAUAUGCAUGCUCAGCAUGUCUCAGUUUAUAAUGUCGCUAAUGAUAGAUCAAGAACUCUGUAUAGGCAUUUUGUGGUUCUUCCUGAUGGAGCGAUAUGUGAGCUAUCUCAGAUUGAAAAAAGGCAAAAUAAUAAAAAGUUCAGUGAUGUGCUUAAAGGAUAUUAA